AUGUUUAUUUAUAUAUAUUUGAGCGAUCCACCCCCUCAUACUGUGCAGUGCCUGAUCCCGGCCGGUCUGUAAGCUGCACAAUCCGCUCAGCUGCUUCAGGGAGGGAGAGAAUAGACAGAUAUACCGGAGGUUGGUGUACCGCGGAGAGACUGUGGAGAGAGAGGGGCACACCGGGAACACAACAGACACCGGACAUCACACGAUACACCCGGAAUAUACAUACACCGGGGCACUGGAAGAAUACAGCCUGAUCCGGAGACAGGACACCGACACACGGUAACACAUAGAUAAAGAUGGGGAAGCAGAACAGCAAGCUGCGGCCAGAGAUGCUGCAGGACCUGCGUGAGAACACAGAAUUCUCUGACCAUGAGCUGCAGGAGUGGUAUAAAGGCUUCCUGAAAGACUGUCCUUCCGGCAUUCUUAAUGUGGAAGAGUUCAAGAAGAUCUAUGCCAAUUUUUUCCCAUAUGGAGAUGCCUCAAAAUUUGCUGAGCAUGUCUUCCGCACGUUUGACACCAAUGGCGAUGGGACUAUUGAUUUUCGUGAGUUUAUCAUUGCCCUGAGUGUUACGUCAAGGGGGAAAUUGGAGCAGAAACUAAAGUGGGCAUUCAGCAUGUACGACUUGGAUGGAAAUGGCUACAUCAGUCGGGAGGAGAUGCUGGAGAUUGUUCAGGCAAUUUAUAAAAUGGUUUCUUCAGUAAUGAAAAUGCCAGAGGAUGAAUCUACACCAGAGAAGCGUACAGAGAAAAUUUUCAGACAGAUGGAUACAAAUAAUGAUGGUAAGCUCUCCCUCGAGGAGUUCAUUAAAGGUGCCAAGAGUGACCCAUCUAUUGUACGGCUACUGCAAUGUGAUCCAAGCACGGCUUCCCAGUUCUGAGUGUUUAUGCAUCAUGGGAAAAUGUCCAUUUCUUCCAGAG